GGGUGAAAGGAAAAGAAAAGAAAGGAAAGGAAAAGAAAAGAAAGGAAAGGAGUGAGGGGUGAGAGAGAGAGAAAUGGGUAUGAAGGAAGUGGCGUUGUUGUUUGAGAUGCGAGCCUAUUCCGGUAGAAAGGGAACCUUCUCCGUACUUCUUCUCUUUCUGCUUUUGAUUCUAAUUCUUCCCAUUAUUUAAAGUUUCUUCCUUCUUUCACAGUUUUUCUUUUCUUGUUCUUCUUCUUGAGGGAUUCAAAGACUUCACCUUUUAGUUCUAAACAUCAAUAUACACUCGUUUUCUAUUAAGGGUCUUGUUUCUUUUGUGGUUUUACGUGUUGAGGUAAUGCUUGAAUCGGUUCCUCAGUGCAUUCUUGAUGAUUUGGGGAUCGGUUAGUUUUGUGGGGUCAUUAGCAUUUCAAAGUUUCGUGCUUUUCUUGGUGGGUUUUGGAGAAAGAUUCUCGUUCUUUGUUUGUGAUAUUUGAAACAUUGUUCCGUGGGUUUAGAUUUUAUUUGGGUAGGAUUUUCGGUGUAAAUAGUGUUUGAUUGGUGAAUCCUAGAUUUUCGUCGCUAUAGUUGUCGCCUCCUCCUUUGAUAUUAUUUGAUUCCCUGGAGGAUUUGCAUUCGCCAAAAAGUAAAAGAGGAAAAAAAAGAGAAAACGAAAAAAAUGGAAAUAAAUUUUAAUUUGAUUUAAACAAUCCCAGUCACACCCCCCCCCCAACCCCCCCAAUUUUAUCGUGGGUUUUACCAAUACUCUUCACUUGAUUUUUUAUUUUUAGACAAUUUUAGUGAUCAGUAUUCUGGUGCCAAAGGAUAGAUUUUUACUUUUGCUUUUGGGUUUGUGAAAGAAAAUUCCUAUACCGAAGUUAAGAGAGGGAAGCGUAGAGCGUUUUUUGUUUUGGAGUUCUCUGUUGGGUCAUUACAUCUUAUAUGGGAAUACCUGAUAGUUCAGUACUAGAUCUAAUAGAAAAGUUUAGGUCUUGGGUUUCUUGGGGAGGAAGUGAUUUGUGUUUGUCUGAAAAUUUUGAUAUGCUCAAUAGUGGCUGCAAAAUGUGUUGUGAGUGUAAUAGAGAUUUCAAUGAGAUGGGUCAACAGGACAAGUACAAUUGCAAAGGCUGUGGCCGUUGGUUGUGUGGGAAAUGUAUCCGAGGUUGUGAUCUCACAAAUCAUGAACACAAUAACAAUCCUGGAUUCAGGGAAACCGUUCGUUCCUGCAAGUUCUGUUCAGAUGCCAAUAGGAUGAUGAUUGAGGGUCAGAGGAAGUGUAGUGAGAAAGUGCACCCUUCUGUCUCUCCACAAGAGAGUCCAAGACAAAGUCCUGAGCCACCUUCCCCAUGUUUUAGUGUUGAAAGUGAAAGAACCAGUUCUCCACUGAAUAUUGAAUUGAAUCAGGGAAAUCAAUUUGAGCGCUAUUUUCACAACCAAGAUUAUGGAUAUUAUCCUUGUUCAGUUGUCAACAGGAGUAUGACCUCAUCUGGUUCUCACCCUUCUCUUUUAUCUACUCAUCCAUCAACCUUUAGGAGUGACGAAGAAGGGACAGAGGAUUCUGGGAAGCACUUUCUCAGCCCAUCACGUACAUAUUGUGAUAAUUAUUCAGAUAUAGAUUCAAGUAGGGUUAGUGCUAGACAUGACACUUACAACUAUAAUUCUGUGGGGUCAAGUCCUUCAGAGAGCCCUUCUAGGAUUGGUUUUACUUCUAGUAGGGUUGGGCUUCCUGUACAAAAGGGGCAGGAGAAAAGUCUCGUCCCUCAGAAUGAUGGUCCCUUUGGUCAACAAAGUAUGGCUGUUUUAAGAAAGCCUGAACAAGGGACUGAGGAUGCAUAUACUACUGGUUAUUUUUCUGAUGACUUGUCUAUUUUCCGGAACCAGAAUGAUAAUUCACAGAGGCCAUUGGAUUUUGAAAACAAUGGUCUUAUUUGGUUCCCCCCACCGCCUGAUGAUGAAAAUGAUGAUGCAGAAGGCAAUUUUUUUACAUACGAUGAUGAGGAUGAUGAUAUUGGUGACUCAGGUGCCAUGUUCUCAUCCAGUAGCAGUCUAUCUAAUAUGUUUCCUGGAAAGGAAAAACAUAAUGAGGGAAACAAGGAACCUUUAAAAGCUGUCAUACAAGGGCAUUUUAGAGCUCUUGUUUCACAGCUUUUAGAGGGAGAGGGUAUUACAAUUGGUAAGGAAAAUGAUUCUGAGGAUUGGCUUGACAUAGUUGCAACAGUAGCAUGGCAGGCUGCUAACUUUGUGAGACCAGAUACCAGCAAAGGUGGCAGUAUGGAUCCUGGUGAUUAUGUAAAGGUCAAAUGCAUAGCAUCUGGAAGCCCAAGUGAAAGUGCUGUUAUCAAAGGAGUGGUUUGUACAAAAAAUAUUAAGCAUAAGCGCAUGACCUCUCAAUAUAAAAAGCCUCGGCUACUUCUUUUAGGAGGAGCACUGGAAUAUCAGAAAGUUCCAAAUCAACUGGCUUCUUUUGAUACAUUGUUGCAGCAGGAAAAUGAUCAUCUGAAGAUGAUCAUUUCAAAAAUUGAGGCUCUUCGACCAAAUGUUUUGCUGGUAGAAAAAAGUGUAGCUUCAUGUGCUCAGGAAUAUUUGCUGGCAAAGGAAAUCUCCUUGGUGUUGAAUGUUAAAAGGCCUUUGCUGGACCGUAUAGCUCGCUGCACCGGUGCUCUUGUCACUCCAUCGGUGGAUAAUUUAUCUAAAGCACGAUUAGGGCAUUGUGAAUUGUUCCGGUUAGACAGAUUGGUGGAGGAUCAUGAGACUGCUAAUCAAUUCAAUAAAAAGCCAUCCAAAACAUUAAUGUUUUUUGAAGGUUGUCCACGGCGUUUGGGUUGCACGGUCUUACUGAGGGGCACAUGCCGUGCAGAACUAAAGAAAAUUAAGCAUGUUGUGCAAUAUGCUGUUUUUGCAGCCUAUCACUUAUCUCUUGAGACGUCAUUCCUUGCUGAUGAGGGUGCUACCCUACCUAAAAUGAUAGUAAAACACUUGACUGACAUGCCUGAGAGUGCAACUGUUGACACAGACAUUCCUAUGAUGUCUAACACCAUUUCUAUUUCAUCAGCCACGUGCCAACCAGAAGCUGAGGAUGCUUCUAGAUUGAAAGACUCUGUUGGUCUUGAUUUGAAGCUUGAAAAUUUAGGAUCAGCAUCAGAGCAUCUUGAUGACCUUAGUUCUCAUUCAUGUACUGGCACCAUGGCAAAUUAUAGGGAUGGGAGUGCACUUUCUGAUUCAUACUAUAAUCAUUUAACUUCUAAUUUGACUGUAAAAUCAGAAUAUUUGCCCCAGUACAAUGAAUCUAAGGGGGAUACUAUAUUAAGUUCAAGCGACCUUUUGCAAUCAGAAUUGCAACAGACCAUAGUUCAAGAGGAGAGGGAGUGUGGUGAAGUGGCUGACUCAACAAAAGACAGAACUAAUGACGAUGAGCUUUCUGGUGAUUACUUCUCUGCCACUGAUGGUCAUCAAAGCAUAUUGGUGUACUUUUCCAGUCAUUGUGUAUCGAAAGGAACUGUAUGUGAGCGUACUAGGUUGCUGCGCAUAAAAUUCUAUGGCUCUUUUGAUAAGCCUCUUGGGAGAUAUCUUCGUGAUGAUCUGUUUGAUCAGACAUCUUGCUGUCAAUCUUGUAAAGAGCCAGCAGAGGCUCAUGUCCUUUGUUUUACUCACCAGCAAGGAAAUCUCACAAUCAAUGUUAGGCGCCUUCCGUCUGUGAAGUUGCCAGGAGAAAGAGAUGGCAAGAUUUGGAUGUGGCACAGGUGUCUGAGGUGCCCUCAUGUGGAUGGAGUUCCACCAGCAACUCGGAGAGUUGUUAUGUCGGAUGCCGCCUGGGGUUUAUCUUUUGGAAAGUUCUUGGAACUUAGCUUUUCAAACCAUGCAACAGCAAACCGAGUUGCAACCUGUGGACAUUCUUUGCAGAGGGAUUGCCUCCGUUUUUAUGGGUUUGGGAGCAUGGUUGCAUUCUUCCGGUAUUCCCCUAUUGAUAUUCUUUCUGUCCAUCUACCCCCAUCUGUGCUGGAAUUUGGUCACGUCCAAGAGGAGUGGAUUAUAAAGGAGGCAGGAGAGCUUUUAAGUAAAGUGGAAACCUUGUAUUUGGAGAUAUCAAAUGUGUUGAAAAGGUUGGAAACAAAGAUUGUGUCUCCUGUUGCUGGAAAUGAGCUGUCUGAUGCCUGUGACAUUCAUAACCACAUAAUGGAUCUGAAAGAUAUGCUUCAAAGAGAAAGAGCUGAUUAUCAUGGUUUGCUACAAUCAGCCCCAUUGACCCCACAACCAGGGAAGAUAACGUUAGACAUUCUGGAACUAAAUCGUGUGCGGCGUUCUCUUCUUAUUGGGUCACACGUUUGGGAUCACCGGCUAUACUCAUUGGAGUCUCUCAUUAAAAGAAGUUUUAGUUUUAAACAAGACAAUGAAGUAUGUCCUGAUGUUAAAGAAUUUAGACUUGACACAUUCCACAAGGAUCAGAAUUUUGACAAUGGGCUUGAGCAAAAUAAUUCUCAGCUUUCAAAAUUGCAUGAGUCUCAUGACAGUCAAAUACUUGGAGAGAUGGAUGACACACUUGAACCUAGUGCUUCCGAGUCAUUUACAUAUUAUCUUGAUGGAGAGGAAGUAUAUUCAGAUGGGGAACUUAUUGCCAACAAAACAUUAUCUGAGUGUCUCCCACCAAAUGAGUCCAAUCUUUCUGAGAAAAUAGAUUCUGCAUGGACUGGAACUGAUCAACCUCCAUUGAAAGUUGAACCACUUCAUACAUUUCAAGCAAAUGCUGUCCCAUCUGGAAGUGUUUGGCGUUCUAAUCAUGAUAACCCUUCUUUUAGAAGGUUGUCACAACCAAUGCGAGUUCAUUCUUUUGAUUCAGCAUUAAGGGUUCAGGAAAGAAUAAAAAAAGUCUUGCCUUCAUCUUUACAUUUAUCAACACUUAGAUCUUUUCAUGCUUCUGGAGAUUACAGGAAUAUGGUUAGAGACCCUGUCUCUAAUGUACUGCAAACUUACUUUCAAAUGUUGCCGUGGGAGGCACAGAAACUAAAUUUGAUUCUAAGCUCCCCGCCAUCUUUUGUUUCCUCCAUUUCUCACAUAGCUGAAGGUGCUCGGUUGCUGCUUCCCCAAAGAUAUCAUGGUGAUAGAGUUAUUGCUGUUUAUGACAAUGAUUACUCUAGCAUAAUAUCCUAUGCCCUUAGUUCCAAGGAGUAUGAAGAUUGGGUUUCUGGUAAGUCAGAUCUGCAUGAUAGUAGCUGGAUUGCUUGUGAUAAAACCAAAGAAGAUUUAGCUACUUCCAGCUAUUCUGCAUGGGGUACUAUGGAGUUGGACUACAUCAAUUUUGGCAGUUAUGGGUCUGAAGAUGCACCAUCUUCUGUUGGUUCUCUUCUCAGGGACCCCAAAAAAUCUUUACACUUACAAAUUUCUUUUGGGGAUGAUUCAUUGGGUGCUGGAGGUAAAGUGAAUUUCUCUGUCACUUGCUAUUUUGCGAAGCAGUUUGAAUCACUUAGGAAAAAGUGCUGCCCUAAUGAGGUUGAUUUCAUGCGAUCCUUGAGCCGUUGUCGGAGAUGGAGUGCACAAGGAGGCAAAAGUAAUGUAUAUUUUGCCAAGUCAUUAGAUGAAAGGUUUAUUAUUAAACAAGUGACUAAGACAGAGUUGGAUUCCUUUGAAGAAUUUGCACCUCAGUAUUUCAAAUACCUGAUGGAUGCCCUUAGUUCAGGAGGCCCAACUUGCCUUGCCAAAAUUCUUGGUAUUUAUCAGGUCACUGUCAAAUACCCAAAAGGUGGCAAGGAAACAAAAAUAGAUGUGAUGGUAAUGGAGAAUCUCUUUUACAAGAGAAAAAUAUCGAGGGUAUAUGAUCUCAAGGGCUCAGAAAGAUCAAGGUAUAAUCCAGAUACAACCGGGACAAACAAAGUUAUGCUAGACAUGAAUUUGUUAGAAGCAUUGAGAACAAAACCCAUAUUUCUUGGGAGUAGGGCUAAGAGAAGACUCGAAAGAGCCGUGUGGAAUGACACAUCCUUUUUGGCGUCUGUUGAUGUUAUGGACUAUUCAUUGUUGGUUGGAGUGGAUGAUGAACGCAAGGAACUGGUUUUGGGCAUCAUUGAUUUCAUGAGACAGUACACAUGGGACAAGCAUUUGGAAACAUGGGUGAAGGCUUCUGGGAUACUUGGGGGUCCAAAGAAUGCUGCCCCUACAAUAGUUUCUCCUAAACAAUACAAGAAAAGGUUUAGGAAAGCUAUGACUACCUAUUUUCUCACAUUACCUGAGCAGUGGUCAUCAUGAAAAAUUGUAUACGUAUAUAUUCUUUUCUCAACAACACAUACAUGGGCGGAGGCAGUGGUCAAAUGUACAUGUUAGUCAUGUAUCCAUAUUGGAUACUUCUCGGAUGUUUUGGAUACACCUACCUGUACUAUACUCUCUUUUUUUUAAUACAUUGUUAUUAAUGAGAAUAUUACAAUAAUUUGAUAAAUUAAUACUCAUGAUUACUGC